CCUAUUUCAGAGCGGGGCGGAGAAGCCAAAGAGAGACGGCGGAGAUAUCGACGGACGAUUCGAAGUCGCUCCCGUUCCUUUUCUCAUCUCUCUCACAUCUCCAUAUUCGUCUUCGGUUGCUACAGAUCUGGCUUAACUCCGAUACAUCUGCGAUGACGCUUCCAAUACUCCACGGUGCUCAUAUGCCAAUUUUGAAAAUGAAUCCUUCCCAUGAGAAGCGUACUCCCAUCCUUGCUUCAAAUAUUAUUUCAAAGUCUUUAUCAUGGAGAGUCACAGUAGUUCAACAUAGAUUCAUUUCCACCAUGGUGAACCAGAGACAAAAACUGCUUGUGAAGGCUUCACAAAGUACAUCAGUGGUUACUAAUGUUGACACACCUGAGAGGAAUUCAAGUGAGUCACUGCAGACAAACGUUCAAAAGUCAACAUUUCCCAAAGGAUUCCAGGCACUGAUCGAGGAUGUUUGUGAGCAGACACAAAUCGCAGAGCUUAAACUCAAGGUAGGUGACUUUGAAAUGCUCGUGAAAAGAAAUGUAGGGAUUUCAACUGCUCCAAAUGCAGUUUCUGCUCCUAUCGAAUAUCCAAUUGCAGCACUACCAAUUCCAAGCGAGACGGUGGAGGAAAAAGUUGCUUCUCCCACUACUUUCAUGGAACAGACCUCUACUGCAGAAGCAUCCAGCCCAUUUACCAACAUUUCUGUAGCACGGACAUUAAAGUUGGCAUCUUUAGAAGCUUCUGGGCAAGAUGCAUAUGUUCUUGUAGCAUCACCCUCGGUCGGUUCAUUUCAAAGAGGAAGAACAAUAAAAGGCAAAAGGCUGCCUCCAAACUGCAAGGAGGGAGCGGUUAUCAAAGAAGGGCAAAUCAUUGGCUUCUUAAGCCAAUGCGGAAAUGAACUUCCUAUUAGGUCAGAUGUAGAUGGAGAAGUAAUAAAAAUUCUCUGCGAGGAUGGAGAUCCUGUUGGCUACGGUGAUCCACUUUUCGCGGUUUUGCCUUCUUUCCACGAGAUAAAGUGAAGGCCAUCUUUCUUUUCCUGCUGUAGUUGUUUUCUUUCGAGUGGUGAUUCCUCAAUGCUUGAUGUUUGUUUACUGAAGACUGAGCCAUCUAUCACUCAUCUUUGAAUCAGUUUGUUCUACAAGAAUAAAAUUCCGAUUAGGAAAUGAUGCUUCUUUUCUAUUUUCA